GUCGCUCUCAGUAAUCUGCACGAUGCCGCCGUGAUCGGAACGGCAUCGCGUACUUAUCCUGGUGCGACACGCGCACGCAUCACGUGGCACGCACAACGCACCACGCGUCCGGCUGUCCUGCUGCCUCCUACGGCGCGAGGACCGCGUCCAACGUCCCUCGACCCGGGGGAGAAGCGACGCCCGUCGCCGACGACGACGACGAUCACGCGCGACAAAUGCGUCAGUGAUCCCGCCGCCGGAUAUAUGCCCGGAGAAGUUAGAGUACUAUACACUAGAAUCGAAGAAUCAGUUAAACUAGUGGGAACAUAUCGAUGUUAGUGAAACACCGGGCCUCAGAAGUUGACAGCGGUUAACUGAACAAGUUAAAGUUUCUCUCUACUUCGAAAAAAGAAUUUCGAUAUGAGUACAGACGGAAGCACGUUUUCCGGGAGAAGAUGACCCCACGUCGUCGCGUCUUGGCAGGAGUUCGCCGUGCUAUCAUUGCCGCCGCUAUCCUGGCACUUAUUCUUCUGGCAUUGUCUUGCCAGGAUGGCACCAGCACCUUGCAGCACGGGAAUUCGCUGGAGGACGCGAAUCUAACACCAGAAGAGAAAAUAUUGGAACAGAUUACCGCGGCGGAAACAGAGCAACGUUUAAUAGCCAGACGGAAAUUUCUAGCGGAAAGAUGCGCCGAGGAAGGUCUGGAUCGUCCUGGUAACGAUUCGCUUCACAGGCCAAACGCCUGGGAAUUCCUUGUAAAUAGAGAGUUCCAUCUUAUAUGGUGCAACGUUUUCAAAGCGGCGUCCACAUCGUGGAUGUAUAACUUUAACUUACUUGCGGGAUAUAGUCCGCAAUUUCUGAAGGCCUCCAAGGCAGUGCCAGUAUCACUGGCCAGACAAAGAUACCCUAGGUACACCGCGGAAGAACUAGCUAAAUUCUUAAACGAUAGCAUCAGUUUUCUGAUAGUGCGACAUCCGUUUGAAAGAUUGCUCAGCGCUUACCGGGAUAAAUUGGAGCACAGUCUGCCACACACGUUUCAUAGCAAUCUCGGUGCACACAUUGUUUGGCACUACAGAGCAAGGGAUCCAAAGACGAAUACGAGGCAAGGACCGAGAUAUCCACUUUUUGAAGAAUUUGUGCGGUGGCUAUUAUGUCAAUGGAGAGCAGGAAACGAUCUUGACAUGCAUUGGACACCAGUUGUAAAUUUUUGCACACCUUGCCAAGUGCGAUUCGAUAUCAUAGCUAAAUUCGAGACUCUGCAUGACGAUCAAGAUUAUCUUAUAAAGCAAGCUCACGUAGGACACAUCAUUAAACCCGAGUGGAAAAAUCCAACUAGGGGCGUCCAAACGAAAGAUGUUAUAAAAAAUUAUUUCACACAAUUAUCUAAGACACAAAUUGAUGAGCUCUAUGAAAUGUUCAGGUAUGACUUUGUAUUGUUCGAUUAUUCACCCGAAGAGUACCUAGCAUUUGGAAGAGAUGAAAUCACUACAUUAACAUGCAAAUGAUUUGACAUUUCGUCCGCGCUUAAUACGUAUCAUAGAAUGAUCGCAAAAUCUCUAAUUUGAAUGGCGCAUAUGACAUACAACGAAAAUGUAGGUAGCCCUUAAAUGAAUUUGAAAGAAAAGGAAGUUAUGAUAUCCGAGAUGUAUAUAGUAACAAUCAUAUCGUCGAUGCAUUUACAUAGAAUUAUUAAAAUUAAAAUAAUACUUUACGAAUGCGUUUUCGGGAAGCACACUUUUUUUUAACGCUACGAACAUGCUCUGUCUUUGCUCAAUUUUCCUUUCAGUAAGUGACAAGCAUGUUUUUAAUACGUAUAAAGCGACUUCCCGAACACAGUCACAAUAUAUAUCCUGGUUUUAUAACUUGCAUGUAAACUGCGUUAUUAUUAAAUAUUUUGAUAGUGUGCAUAUGUUAAUGUUCAUCGAAUUGUUGUACCAAUUGUUUCGAAAAGUAGAACACAAUGGGGACUUAUGAAACAUAAUAAGAACUUCUUGCAAAUAUAAAUAAUGUAUAGUUCAUUAUUUGUAUAGUUAAAUUAUGAAGCGAGCUAAAUUUUUAUCAGAUUUUGAAAGCUUUAUCGCUAUUUAAUCACUUAAAAUUUCUCAAUCAUACAUUUAUCUU